AUGUCUCCCCCUAUGGCCGGAGGAAAGGAGAAGGAGUCGAACACCGCGCGACUCCUGGGUUCCGGUUCCGCUGGUAUUGCCGAAUUGGCUGUCUUCCACCCCGUCGACACCAUCGCGAAGCGCUUGAUGAGCAACCAGACCAAGGUUUCUGGUAUGGACCAGCUCAACGCCGUCAUCUUCAAGGACAAGGCCUCUGCCCCGCUCGGUCGCAAGUUCGUGUCGCUUUUCCCCGGUCUGGGCUACGCCGCCGGCUACAAGGUUCUGCAAAGAAUAUACAAGUACGGCGGUCAGCCCGUCGCCAGGGACUUCCUGAACCAGCACUACGGAAAGGACUUUGAGAAUGCCUUCGGCAAGAAGACUGGCAAGGCCAUCAUGCACUCCACCGCUGGCAGUUUGAUCGGAAUUGGAGAGAUCGUCCUCCUUCCCUUGGACGUCCUGAAGAUCAAGAGACAGACCAACCCCGAGGCCUUCCGCGGCCGUGGUGUCCUCAAGAUCGUCGCCGACGAGGGCUUCGGCCUGUACAGAGGAUGGGGCUGGACUGCCGCCCGUAACGCUCCUGGCUCCUUCGCGCUGUUCGGUGGUUCCGCCUUCACCAAGGAGUACAUGUUCGGCCUGAGCGACUACAACAAGGCCUCGUGGUUCCAGAACUUCAUCGCCUCCAUCGCCGGUGCCUCCGCAUCUCUCCUCGUCUCCGCUCCCCUCGAUGUCAUCAAGACCCGUAUCCAGAACCGCAACUUCGAGAACCCCGAGACCGGCUUCAGGAUCAUCUCUAACAUGAUGAAGAACGAGGGUGCUACCGCCUUCUUCAAGGGAUUGGUCCCCAAGCUCCUCAUGACUGGUCCCAAGCUGGUCUUCUCCUUCUGGCUGGCGCAGACCCUUAUCCCUGCUUUCGACAACAUGCUUAAAUAA